CAGCGGAUCGCGCGAUAAGACCAUUCGGCGAUGGGACCUGCGGGAGGGUAAGGAGAUCAAGGAUGUUCGGGAGGUUUGCAAGAAACGUGUAGAUGUUGUGGGGAUAUCAAGGGAUGGUCGAUGGGUUGUCACGGCACAAGGUCGAGUGCCCAAAGUCUGUGAGGUUGAGACGGGGAUCUACGCUGCUAGCGGGUGGGUCAUCCGAUAGGACAGCGCGGAUAUGGAGCUUGGACACAGGCAAACUCGUGGCCGGUCCAUUCAAAUGUGGUGAUGAUGUGGGCGCACUUCGAAUCUCGCAAGACUCAAGGAAACUGGCGGUGAUGUCAUAUUGGGGGAACCGUCUUCAGGUGUGGGAUGUCCAAGCACAGAAAUUGGAUGUCACUAGAGAAAAAUCUGGAGCUUAUGAUGCUUAUUGGCUAACUCCGCCGGUAUUUUGGACAACCAAAAACAAAUCCAUCAUAGCUGCACCCAACUUCAUGGAUGACUCCACCAUCGAGGGGCCCAACACAAUCUAUGAGUUUGACGCGUCGACGCUCGAGACUAUCGGAGAUCCCUUCAAAGAGCACAUCGACGUUGUCAGUGAUCUAGCACUUUCAUCCGAUUGUGUCCUUCUUACCAGUGCUUCCUACGACAAUACCAUCAAGCUCUGGUCCUUCGAGUCCCGUCAGCUCCUCGCCUCAUUCGACGUCCAAGCUCCUUAUUCCCUUGCACUCUCACCCGACUCAUGCCAACUGGCUUACACGACACGUGAUGAGCCUAAUAUCUACAUAUGCGAGAUUCCAGUCAACAUCCUCGCUAGCAUCGGACUUGCAAAAAAGACAGGCGGUCCUGAAUCCUCACACCUCGCUAAACUGCUCAACUCUGACGCAACACGCCAUACUGUGCGUCGUAAACCACCAAUAUCGGUCAUACCUCCUGCUCCCCGCCUGCUAACAGAUACAAUUGACCACCCACAACCCGUUUUUCUCGGCUUUCUACGCAAACUUCUCUCUUCUUCUCGUACGGAUCCAGUUCGUCCCACCUGCACCAACGAGUCUCGUAAUCCCUUGGACUUUCCUGCUACUGCGCCUUUGCCUCGUCCACUCAUAAAUCCCCACGAGAACUUUCGACCACCGACCACCCAAUCCUCUGCCCCUGCUUCUACAUCUUUCAAAUCCCGCCUACACAGUCUGUCAACCUGGUGGCCCCUUCAGACAGAUGCUCCACGCAAAGACGAUCAGUGCAUACCUGAUGAAGAUCUUGUUUCUCCUCCUCCUUCGCCUAAUCCAGAUUCUCGACAACCAACCACAACAAGGCAGGUCAAAACCAAUACCGGAAAGCAUGGAAACAACCAUUUGUGUUUCUGCUUUUAAAUUGACUUUUUGAACGUGUAUUUUACGGAACGCAAGACAUAUCACAGUGCAUUUCUGUUUGUGGCUUAGUUUGCAAAUGCUGAUCACUCCUUAGAAUGCAAACGACUCAGACACUUCCUCUGUACUCAGCGCUAACAUAUCCGUGUUAGUACCUUUUGGUUGGUAACUUACUACAGGUACA